AUGGCAAUUUAUCAAUAUCCUCAGGUGCCUCGCGCAUCCCAGACUCAGCCUCAACGGCAAGCAGCGGAAAACAUCUCGCAUCAAAGCGAUAAUCGAUUUUCGUUCUUGCCGACGCCAGCAGAGGCCAGAGGAUAUUCUUGGAACAGCUCAGAGGCAGACCCACGGCACUCACACGUUCCGCCUCUACCUCAACUCCCGGCGCAACUGAGCAGCCAGCAGCAGGAACCUCUUCACAACAAUGCCAACGUUGCGCAGCCAGCCCCAGAUUUUACGCUGAUAAAUAAUCCGUCUUCGCAAGCAGUUGAGAUUUCGCCAGCCCCGACUUAUUAUUCUCACUAUCCUGAGGCUCAGGCUGGGCCGCAGCUUUAUACAGGACAACCGAGCGAGACAAGCUCAUACGCUCCCGCAGACAGCACUUACUCAGCGGCAUGCUCAACUUCACACCUACAUGAAAGUCACCCAGCACCUCCAACAGUGCCAUACGACAUCAAAACCGACAACAUGCAUUACACCCAAAUGCCAGCUCAAUCCUCCCAAGCAACACAAUCUCAACAGCAGCAUGCACCACCUCCAAUCGGCCCCGACACGAAUCCUCUCGCUCCAACCACACCCACCAGAGUCCACCUCAACCGCGAAAGCACCACAACGAACAUGGCCGUUCUCAACCCACCAUCAGCCACAUACCCAGUAUCCGCGACCAACUUCUCGCCACUCCCUCAACCAGAACGAGGCGGCACCUGGCACACCUCCCUUUUCAGUUGUGCCUCCCCAUCCGUUUGCUUGACGUCCCUGUUCUGCCCCUGCGUUACCUAUGGCCGCACACAAUAUCGCCUUUCCCGCCGCUCAGCAAAGUCCGACCCAACUAAUUUUCUAGGCUUCAACCUUGCUGCAAUCCGAGCUGUGUCGCAUUUGGCGUAUUAUGCGGGGUCAAUGCUAUUCUGGCCGCCGUGCAGAAGACGAGAGUCCGGAAGACGUACGGGAUGGAGCAGGAGCAAGGGGCUGGGGGCUUACUGGAUGAUCUGUGGAAGGGUGUAUGUUGCUGUUGUUGUAGUGUAG